GCUCCUCCUCCUCUCUGGUUUGCCACCCCACCCUCCCCUACCACUCUUCUGUUCCGAACAAUUUAAACUAAAUUAAAUUUCCACCAUGGGUCGCCGUCCUGCUCGCUGUUAUCGCUACCAAAAGAACAAGCCGUACAUCAAGUCUCGGUACUGCCGUGGUGUGCCAGAAUCGAAGAUCAAGAUCUUCGACGUCGGUGCCAAGAAGGCCCCCGUCGAUCUCUUCCCCUUCGUGGCCCACCUCGUCUGCGACGAAAAGCAGCAGAUCUCGUCCGAGGCCCUCGAGGCCUGCCGUGUUGCCAUCAACAAGCACUUGGUCAAGACCAUUGGAAAGGAAGGAUACCACAUCCGCAUGCGCGCCCACCCCUUCCACGUCCUCCGUGCCAACAAGAUGCUUUCGUGCGCCGGUGCCGAUCGUCUGUCCUCCGGUAUGAGGCACUCGUACGGAAAGCCCAUCGGCGUCGCCGCCCGUGUCGACAUCGGUCAGAUCCUCCUCAGCGUCCGCUCCAAGGACGCCAGUGAGGCCCACGUCAUCGAGGCCAUCCGCCGGGGAAAAUUCAAGUUUGCCGGACGCCAAAAGAUCCUCAAGUCCGCCAAGUGGGGCUUCACCAAGUACCCCCGCGAAGAAUACGUCGAGAAGCGCCGAAGCGGAGAGCUCUCGUGCGACGGAAACAUCGUCAAGGUCCACAACCGACGCGGUCUCCUGGUCAACUCUGCCCUUUACCAGGCCGGACAGGAGUAGGCAGCCGAGCCUAGCCUGCGCACCAACACCGAUCGUGGCAACGGAACGGAGCCGCGUACUGCGUCUUGUGUGGCCCGUUGGGUUGUUCUAGAUUGUGUACCACCCCAUACAAAAAAAGAAUUAUUAUACACCGAAACGGACGCUGUUUUCUCCCUAGCCAUUGCUAUUAGUAGUAGUAUUCUAGACGAUCGUUGGAUGGUUGAGCACUAUUCGUUGUGUCUUGCAGAGACUUGUGGCGAUUGCCAAUUGCACCUACGAAAACCGCAAGAGUAGCAGUACAGACCAAGCAUACACCGAUACCUCUGCAGCAGAUUCGUCCGUUUGAACUACUAGCAGUAUGCAGAACAGAAAAGGAAGGCAUUGCAUGACCACCAGCCCACCUUCUGAGAGAGGUCACCAGUACUAGUAGUACUAGCCACCCACAGUUCACAAUCUAGUUCUACUACUACUACUACUACUACUAGUCUCUCAAUAGUAUGUACCAGCAGCAGAUUUGCAACAAUCUAAAUCAAAAGAAUGCUGUUGGCUGUGAGUAGUAGUACUACUACUAGUAGUACUAACAGCAGUACUAGCAACGUGGCAGCAGACUUAUUGCAACAACAACAAUCUGAAUGGAAAUGUUGUUACUAACAGUAGCAGUACCAAGAAACAUCUGCAGCAACAGCAGGAGGUUCCAGUGAGCAGAUGUUGGCUGCUUGUCCUCCUUCUUCUUGCUCCUGCUGAUAAGAGAAGAAAUCCACCACGUGGUCAGCAUACUUCUAGUACUAGUAGUACUAGAAUUAGUACUGCAGCUUCUUGCUUGUCCUCAUUACUAGCACCAUCUGCAUUCCCACAGUCGGAUUCUGCUGCUGGCAGUGACAAAAAUGACAGAAGAAAGUUGAAGCCCCCAAGUGUCCCUUCUUGGGAUUUUUGGGGUCAGCAACAAGAAGUUUAUUAGUACUGCCUACUAGUACUACUAAUAGAUUCUUUUACUAUUGAGUCAGCACUGGUAGUAGCAACCACAAGAAGCAAUAGAAGAGAGAAGAGGAAGAGUAAGACCAAGCAGGCAGCAGUGCCAAAAACAAUAUUCUGGGAGGAACAAGAACAGCAACAAAGGAGACAUAAGGAUACUAAUCAACAAGCACUAUAUUUUUUGUGGUACAACCAUCAUCUGUGCUGCAACAACUAGUACCACUACAACCAUUUGGUGGUCACUUUUCUCCACUUCCUGCUGUUCGUACUAAUGCAGCUCUGAGUUCAGCAUCUUGUCUGCUGGUAUCAUUGUCUUUGGUUGUGCAACACCUUGUUCUGCAAGAGAAAGAGGAGGCAAAGAACAGGAGUACUAAUAAAGGAGAACAAGAAAAAUCAUACAAGGAAAAAGUUUGUUGUUCUCAUAUUGUCAUCCACAGUACCAUUGCAACAACCUAGUAUAACAACAAACCCCUAUUGCAACUGGGUCACAUGCCCUGUUACAACCCAAUUUUUACAGUCAAAAAGAUGGUGAGCUUCUGUUGCGCAAGCAAUAACCUACUACCCAUUUUUACAAUUAUUUUUCAAGCAUAUGAUUUCAAUCACAACAAAUUUUAUCAAUGUGGUAAUGUUUUCACACCACGCAAUCAGUGCUCCAUUUUUUGGGCCAGCACAUUGCAACCCCUCCAAACUUUGAUUGAACUAUUCAGACACCACUCAUUAUUUUUUAGUAUGCUGAUUCACCACCAGGACAUUUCCACUGUGUACAUUCCUUGUUGUCUUGCAACCUCUUUCACUUGAUUUCCAACCACCAUAUACUAAUAUUCUUUGUUGCUAGUAUGAUUGAUUUCUAUUCUCAAAAAGGAAGCACAAAUCAUGAGAGCAGUCCUAAGAAAAUAAAGGCUAGUAGUAGUAGCUAUUGAAGAAACUGGUCUGUUUUGGAUUCACAGAUGUCAGUACACAUGUCAAAAAAUAAUAAAACUCUGGGUUGGUGUCUGCAUUUCCAUACCACCUGUAAGCUGGGUUUAAAAAUAUCCCUUCUAGUACUAGUAUGCUCAGAUUGAUAGGAGCAGAUGACACUUGACACCAGACCUGUUUGAUAGCUUUUCCUGUCUUCACAUACCCUAUCUUCAUGUACCAAUCCAAUUUCUUCUUGCCAAACUUUGCUUUAUGUGCCGCAAUGUUCUCAGAACCUUCUGCAGAACUCUUUCUUCCAAGUAUUGGACAAACUCCUUGUUCGUCUGAAAAUUUUUGGUUCUUUUCCUCACUGAUUUUUCCUAAUUUCUCAGAUAUACUCUUGUAGUCAAUAUCCCAGGAAUUGCAUGAUCACACAGCACCAUACUAGUAGUACUUUUGCUGACAACACCCGUGGCCAGUGUCUCACUAGUAGUAGUACUCAUUCUGUUCCCAUCAUUCUUUACCUUCUUGUCCUUAUCUUUAACUUUCCAAAAGGUUUGCUUCUUUGACCAUCUAAAAUUGCUUAAACCAUCUCAGCUAAUUGUUGCUAACACCAUUUGCAUUUAUUGCUUCAUGAUUAUGGCCUUUCUUCUUAGUGGGGUUACUUCUGGUGGUAUCACGUUGAGUUAAGGUUAGACGAGGAGGGUGGUGAAUCUUGAAUUCAUCGAAAUAUCCGAGACUUGAAUACGAUACGUAGGCACGGGUAGUACAUACCGUGCCUCCAGCCGAAAAAAAUGGAAUGAGCGAGAUUUGGCUUUUAAUCAUUGAUCAUUGGGCCAGUAUUUGGUAGUACCAGGUACUGUAUUUUCAAAUACGUCGGCGAUGAAAUAGAAUAACAUCGCCGUUUCAAUGUUGUAUCUGCAGUAUCAUCAAAAGAUUGAUAAAAGAUAAUGCUUCAGUUUUACUUAACGCAAUGAAAGCGGGGAUGAAGAGGCGAACCACAAAAAGAAAGGACGUUAAAAAGUACUUCUAUUAAUCAAGGUUGAUGAUGUGUAAACCUUCCUUUGUGCAAUAUUUUUGUCUAGUUGUAGUACUAACCAGCGGGCGAGAACCGCAAAAAAAGAAAGGACGUUAAAAAGUACUUCUAUUAGUCUGGGUUGAUGAUGUGUAAACCUUCCUCUGUGCAAUAUUUUUGUAUCGUCAUAGUACUAAAAACAAAAGAUGGUAAGAAAAGUAAAGUCAAGACCCAUAAGAAAAUUUCUAUCGCACGUUACGUUUCUCAUACCGAGACUACCUCAGGAGUAACAGUUACAUCCAAUCGUACCGUAGAAUGUGAGAAAAAUAAGAUUAAAAACUCAAUCGAUCAGGGAAUAAAGUGACCGAAGAGUGGAUGAGAUUGCUGUACCUCGUAUUUAGGAGACAUGCCGCACGUGGUUUUUCUUCACUUGAUACAAGUUUGUUUGCCUCUAAAGUCACGAGGUGUACUUGUCAUGCGUUGAUGUGGCAGCCAUGGAGUUCGAAUGACAAGUCUUUAAAUCAACCAAGACGAGGCAGAUACAUUCUGUCUAAAAAUCGUUCACUAAAAUCUUUAGAAAGUGUUCCUAUUUAUUUGUUAGCGUUCGAUUUAUAUGAGCUUCCGUUUCCGAUUAGAUCGGGCCUACUCCUCGAUGCGUAAUUAUACAUACUUCUAUUUUGUUCUACGUAUUGUUUCUCGUUCUUGUUUCUUGUUCAUCCUAUUUCUUGUCAUUCCCUAAUAUCCAUCUAUGCCACCCGUGCAUUUGGAUGAAUAAGAAGACGACGAGGAACAGGUCGAUGCGCAAUCCAUGUCAGGAACUGGCACUGGAACCUUCUCAAAGAAUGAUCGAUCGACCGGGGUCGUUACGAAUUCGAAGAGUGGUGUAGAAAACGUACCGAUGCGAGAAAUUUUGGGCUGCAGCUGAUUCAGGAAGGUGUACGACGGCGUGUUGUGGAUGAGAUUGUCGCCACUUGUCUGAAUUUGGGGUUUUUCCCUUCCGUUAUGCUGAGUUUCUCGCUGGUGUUGAUGUUGUGAAUCGUCGGCAACUAAUCUUUUCUGGAUGCCAUGGAUAGCCAUAGACGAUUCCAAUAUUGGCAUGGGCACCGGCAGCAUUUCGCGUCGUAGAAACUCGAGCUGCUGGUCCUCGAUGCGCUUCAUUCGCUUCUUUUCCGCCUUCUCCUUGUUGGCGAGUCUACGCUUGGCGACCUUGUUUUUGGAACUGGACUUGUAGCGAUCGUGGAGGCAGUCUCGAAAGCACGACGUAAUCUUUUCUCUCGCGAUGCUCUCCGUGGUUUUUGAGUAACCGGUUCCGUUGUACCGGACAAACGGUGGGGCGGACCCUUCCUGGCGACACAAUUCUUCGAUAGCAAAGUAAAUAUCCGUGACAAUGCUUGAUUUUACCAUUUUGGAUUUUGCGUUGACAUAAUCUUGGACCUUAUCUUGAACCAGAGACCGGAGCUUACGGUUUCCGGGAGCCUUCUUGGGGACUCUUCCCUUUCCAAUGACGACGGUGCUCGAGGUAGGUAUAAUGUCGGAGGAUUCCAUUUGCAUCGAAAGCUGUGAGAGAGGAACAGGGAUUACUUCGUUGUGGAUAAGGCUUUCUUGAUGGAAGAAUGAGUUGGGAUAGCGCAUCAGAGACGAGCUACUUGAGAUUGUGGGGAAGGUUGCAUUUGCAAAGUCGUUCAUUAUGCUAGUUGAUUUGAUCUUCUAUGGUUUGUAUUACCAGUGGGGUAUGAUUGAUUUGAUUGAAACAGAAGGGUCGCUUUGCUGUUGAUCUUGUGUAAAUUUGUGUGCUUUACUUUUUCUACGACUUCAAAUUGUAACACACGCCCUUGAAUUCCUGGACUUCUGGUAUUUGUAAGGCCUAAUUGAUAAUCUUCGCAGAAAGUUGCACUUUCGUUUGUUUUUGUUUGGCAAGAUUCGGGCUGUCAAAUUUCAUACUGAGAACGUUGAUGACAAGAUUAUUCGGAGAACCAAACGCUUUCUGCGUCAACAGUUUACAGGAAAGGGGUAGAGAAAUAUAAUAUAUUUUAAUCU